CAGCCAUCCCCAAGGUGAAAAAUCUGGACUUUGGGUAGCAAAAAUCCAGUGAUUUCCAGGUCAUCCUUGGUCCCGGCGGUCUCGUGCAAUGGCGGCCCGCGUCAAAGCCAUGGAGAUCGCAUGCGUUUUCAGUCCAGAUGACUAUCGGAAAUACCUGGAGGAGGUGGGACCUAGUGCAGAUGGAGAAUUUGCGAAGGGUUUCCAGUACAGUGGUAGCUACUGUGGUCGUAACAUCGAGAAGAUCUAUCAGAAGGCGGUGGAACAUGGGGUUUAUCCCAGUCUGUCCGAAGCGGUGACCGUUUUCAAGAAGGCAAAACAUGCCUUGGUCAUCACUGGCUUCUUUGUGUUGCAUCAGAAAGGUGCCGAGGGACCCAAAGGUGCCUUCGGGGGCUGUGAAACCGACGGCCCCCUGGGCGCCUUGGCGGUGUUGCGUGCCCUAUGCGCGCGAGGAGUUUAUGUGUCCUUGUUUUGCGACGUUCACAAUGGGCCCGUUGUCAAGAAGGCAUACGACACCAUGAUGAAAUAUUUUGAAGCCAAUGACGCAGGCUUCUGGCAAUGUCUACACACAUUCAGCCGUUGCUUGCCCUUUAUCUCCUCAGAGGGGAGCAUCGAAGCCGCUGUGACGCAGAAGGUCUUUGGCGAUAAGACCAUCAACUCGCAGGAGGAGCGUAGCCUCUGCACCGCCGUGGAACUUGGACGGGCUUUGGAGGAGGCUUGGGGAGCGACACUGCGCCCUGUGGAUACUCUCUUUGCGCUGGAGCGACUUGGUGCUCCAUAUCGCAAUAUCAGAGGUCGAGACAUAGGUGAGCAUACGGAGCCCAUCGACUGCCUCUUUCCCCUGGUGGAGGGAAAUAUCAACGAGGAAAGCCGCGCAGCGUUGGCAAGGAUGCCUCUCGAAGCCUUGCGCAGCGCGGCCCAUGUCACCGUUGACGCCAAAAGUCUGGCUGUGGGCGAUGGCGGGAACGAGGUUGGGAUGGGCAAAGUCGUCUCAGUGCCAGGUGUUGGAGAUUUGUCUCCCGGCGGGGAAUUUGCAGCGCUAUCGGUGAAUGGCUGCGUGCGCAGCUGCGACGUUGCGGUGUUGGGCACGGUGUCCAAUUGGGCAGGCUCAGCGAUUGAGGCAGCCUGUCACGUGACAUGGCCGGCAGAGACGGGCUACGUACCAGCCAUGCGUUCUUCAGGAAGUGCCUUGGAAUUUGCUCUACUUGAAGCUAUUAUGGCCAAGCCCACGCUGGCUGUGGAUGGAUCGCACAACGACCGGCCGAUGUCGGUGGAUGGUCUGAACUUUGAUCCUUAUCACAGGCGCAGCUGGAAGCCGUCACUGCUCCUACAGGAAUUCUACGACAACUUGUGGCACUUGGCGGGCGUGACGGAUGAAACCAAGCGCCGGAGAGUGAAAUGAAAAAA